AUGCUGUUUUCCAGUGCUAAACUUCUGGCUGUGGCCUUGGCCUUGACGGGCUGCGCGGUAGGCUCGCCCGUUGAGGUAGACCUUGACAAGCGUGGCGCGCAUGUCCCCAUCGGCUUCAGAAGAGUCAGCGAAGCUCAAGCCAGAGAGUAUGCGGCAGCAGGCAAUACGCUUACGCUGACAAGAAAGGUGAAUGGAGCUCAGCUGGGCCAAGCAGUUUAUACCAGCCAAACCCGCGACGGAUGGCCGGCCAACCCCCAGGAGUGGUACUGCGUCAUCCAAGCGGACAAAGCCGCACUCGACAAAACCGCUAAAGCCUGGAUCCCGAGGGCGGAUUGGUUCAAGAAGGACAAGGUUAUUGAUGCCUAUAUCAAACAGCACAAAGUCGAUCCUGCUAAGACUCUGCGCCUGAGUGAGAUUGAUGGUUCUCAGGAUCAUGUGCUCCAAAUGGCGAUUCCUCCUGGCUUGCUCGGUGCAAAGAAGGGUGACCGCGGUCCGUUGGAUAUCUCUGUCGAAUGUGUGCGGCCGCCGACCACUUUGCCUGCUCCGCGGGAUCCCAUUGACUACGCCCAUUGGCCGGGUUUUGUCAACCAUCAAUGA